AUGAGUUCCAAUGAUUUGUUUGAUGUUUUUGGUGAAAAUCCUCUGAACACUCCACCCUUACCAAUUGACAAUGAACCAGAAGAAACCAUCGAGAAUAAGAAUAAUGAAUCUUCAAACAAACGUAAGAAUGUAGAUGACAUUGACGCAUCAACCAAUAAAAAUAAAAAUGACUCAAGUACUAAAGACUCGUUGCCUCCACAAUCCAACAAAAAGUCUAAACGAUUCGAAAAAAAAUUGAUUGAUAAAAAGGAAAACAAAAAAGAAAUACAACCUGUUGUUACCGAUUCCUUUGAACAAGAAGCCAGUAGAGAAGUAAAGGCAUCUUCCGGUCUAACCAAUAAACCGACAACUGCCGUAGAAGAUGAUGGAAAGGUUAAAUUAUCUCACCAAGUUAGACAUCAGGUUGCAUUACCACCCAAUUAUGAUUAUAAACCUAUUGGCGAACACAAAAGGGUUAAUGAGGCUCGUACUUACCCUUUCACGUUAGAUCCUUUCCAAGAUACUGCAAUUUCUUGUAUUGAUAGAAAUGAAUCCGUUUUGGUUUCCGCACAUACAUCUGCUGGUAAAACAGUUGUUGCAGAAUACGCCAUCGCUCAAUCCCUAAGAGACAAACAAAGAGUCAUAUAUACUUCUCCAAUCAAGGCGUUAUCAAAUCAAAAGUAUAGAGAAUUACUUGCAGAGUUUGGAGAUGUUGGUUUAAUGACCGGUGACAUUACAAUUAAUCCGGAUGCCGGCUGUCUAGUAAUGACUACAGAAAUUUUAAGAAGUAUGUUGUAUCGUGGUAGUGAAGUUAUGAGAGAAGUUGCCUGGGUUAUUUUUGACGAAGUCCAUUAUAUGCGAGACAAAGAGCGUGGGGUUGUUUGGGAAGAAACUAUCAUUCUAUUACCAGACAAAGUUCAUUAUGUAUUUUUAUCUGCUACCAUUCCAAAUGCAAUGGAAUUUGCCGAGUGGAUUUGUAUGAUACACUCCCAACCUUGUCAUAUUGUGUAUACUGAUUUUAGACCUACACCUUUACAACAUUAUUUAUUUCCAGCACACGGUGAUGGUAUUUAUUUGGUUGUGGAUGAAAAAAGUACCUUUAGAGAGGAAAACUUCCAGAGAGCAAUGGCCACUAUAAGCUCGGGCGAUGAUCCAGCUGAUUCAAAGGGAAGUAAGUCUGGGAAAUCGUUUAAAGGUGGUGCUUCAAAGGGUGACGCGAAAGCAGAUAUUUAUAAGAUUGUUAAAAUGAUUUGGAUGAAAAAGUAUAAUCCAGUCAUUGUCUUUUCCUUCAGCAAACGUGAUUGUGAAGAACUAGCUUUAAAGAUGUCAAAAUUAGAUUUUAACAGUGAUGAUGAAAAAGAUGCUUUGACCAAAAUUUUUAAUAACGCUAUUGAUUUGCUACCGGAACAGGAUAGAGAAUUGCCUCAAAUUAAGCAUAUUUUACCAUUAUUAAGAAGAGGUAUUGGUAUUCAUCAUUCCGGAUUGUUGCCCAUUCUAAAAGAGGUUAUUGAAAUUUUAUUUCAAGAGGGGUUUUUGAAAGUCUUGUUUGCGACAGAAACGUUUUCUAUUGGGUUGAAUAUGCCAGCUAAGACAGUAGUUUUCACAAGCGUCAGAAAAUGGGAUGGUAAGCAGUUUCGUUGGGUUUCUGGUGGUGAAUACAUCCAAAUGUCUGGUCGUGCCGGUCGUCGUGGCUUAGAUGACCGUGGUAUUGUUAUCAUGAUGAUAGACGAAAAGAUGGAGCCUCAAGUUGCCAAGGGCAUGGUUAAGGGCCAAGCUGAUAGAUUAGAUUCUGCCUUUCAUUUGGGUUAUAAUAUGAUUUUGAAUUUGAUGAGAGUCGAGGGCAUUUCUCCCGAAUUUAUGUUAGAACAUUCAUUUUAUCAGUUUCAGAACGCUGCAUCAGUCCCUGUCAUGGAAAAGAAGUUGAAAGUUUUGGAAGAACAAAACAGUAACCUUGAAAUAGAAGACGAAACUAAUAUAAAAUCAUACUAUGAUUUAAAGCAAACUUUGAAUGGUUAUUACAAUGAUGUUCGUUUAAUCACAACACAUCCAGCUCAUAUUUUAAGUUAUUUACAACCAGGCAGACUUUUACAUAUUAAAAUUAAUAACACUAAUGAUUACGGUUGGGGAUGUGUUAUUGACUUUGUUAAAAGAACCAAUAAAAGAGACCCUAAUGUUACAUUUACUGAUCAUGAAUCUUACAUAGUAAAUGUUUUGGUUAAUACUAUGUAUGCUGAUAGCCCAGUUACUUUAAUUAAACCCUUCAAUCCUAAUUUCCCAGAAGGCAUCAGACCUGCUUCACCGGGCGAAAAAUCUGUUGUUUGUAUCAUUCCAAUCACCUUGAAUUCUAUAAGUGAAAUUGGCAAAUUAAGAGUCCAUGUUCCAAAAGAUGUCAAAUCUACAAAACAAAGAGAAACAAUGGGGAAAAUGCUAUCUGAAGCUAAUCGUAGAUUGAAUGGUAGUAUACCACUCUUGGACCCAGUAAAGGGUAUGAAGAUUGAAGAUGAAGAUUUUUUGAGAUUAUUAAAAAAAAUUGAAAUCUUAACACAGAAGUUAACCUCCAAUCCGCUAGCUCACUCCGUGAGGUUGAAUGAAAUCUAUGACAAGUAUAAAAAGAAAGUUGAAUUGAACGAUUCUAUUAAAGCAUUAAAGAGUAAAAUUAGAGAAACCCAAGCAGUUAUUCAAUUAGAUGAUUUGCGUCGCCGUAAAAGGGUUUUGCGUAGGCUAGGCUUCUGUACUUCUGAGGACAUUAUUGAAUUGAAAGGUAGAGUGGCUUGUGAAAUUUCAAGCGGUGAUGAAUUGUUGCUAACAGAAUUGAUCUUCAACGGUAAUUUCAAUGAAUUAAAACCAGAACAAGCGGCUGCUCUUCUUUCAUGUUUUGCCUUCCAAGAACGUUGUAAAGAAGCACCAAGAUUGAAACCUGAAUUGGGCGAGCCGUUAAAAGCCAUGAGAGAUGUUGCUAGUAAAAUUGCCAAGAUUAUGAAAGAUUCUAAGAUUGAAAUUGUGGAAAAGGACUAUGUUGAAGGCUUCAGACAUGAACUAAUGGAAGUUGUUUACGAGUGGUGCAAAGGUGCAUCAUUCGUACAAAUUUGUAAGAUGACAGAUGUCUAUGAGGGUUCAUUGAUUAGAAUGUUUAAGAGAUUAGAAGAGAUGAUAAAAGAAUUGAUUGAAGUGUCCAAUGUUAUUGGUAAUAAUGAUUUGAGGGAGAAAAUGGAGGCUGCUUUGAAUAUGAUACAUAGAGAUUUAGUUUCUGCUGGUUCCUUAUAUUUGUAG